CUUUCCCUGAAGGAGUGGUGUUGCUGUCCUCAGUGCUGCCAGGCUAGAGGUGAGGAGGAUCUUUGCAGUGGGAGCACAUCCCAUUCCUUGCUCUCCUGAUGUCUGCAGGGAUUCCUGAUGCCAUCACAUGAUCCAGAGCCCUACAAAGGGUGUUCACAGUUUCUUCCCCCUGAUCCCAGAAUAAAUGGGUUUUCCCAAAGCUGGCUGAGAAGUCAAAAGUACACUGUUCUAUAAUAAUGCAAAUUAGCUUCCCAACUUCUAAUUCUUAGCCUGACAUUUUGAAUUAACCCUUUCAUCUCUCUUCUUGCUAUACUGAAACAACCUCAUUCCUCUUAAUGUUUAAAGGAGAGUGUUUCUUCCAUUUCUUCUCACAUUUCCAUUCAUGAUUGGUUGGAGCUGGAGCUUUUGAGUAAAUUUCCACCAUGUUGCUGUUGUUGUAACUUGCUAAGCAGAACAAACAGAAUAACUCAAGUACUAAUUAAUACAUUAGACAAUUGAUUUAAGGCACUAAUGCUCUGCAUCAAUUAUUCGUUGAUUGUUUAAAAUUGCAAAUGGUGCCUUACCCCACAGGGUCACAUCCAACAAUGAUCUCUUAGUUUAGGUACUUUGAUUAAAUCUUUCAUCCCCCAUUAUCACAGAGCUACAAUUCUUGACAAAAACAACAACUAUCCUGUGUGAUUUCAUCACAAAAAGAAUUUGUAAUUUCACUACAGUAAAUAGGUUCAUCCAGCAUUAAUGCCUCCUUGUAGAAGCAGAACGUUCCUGCUUAUCCUGAUUUGGGAUAGAAUAUUCCUAGGACAGAAUAUUCCUGCUUAUCCUGGUUUAGGAUAGAAUAUUCCUAGGGCAGAAUAUUGCUGUCUAUCCUGGUUUAGGAUAGAAUAUUCCUAGGACAGAAUAUCGCUGUUUAUCCUGGUUUAGGAUAGAAUAUUCCUAGGACAGAAUACCGCUGUUUAACCUGGUUUGGGAGAGAAUAUUCCUCGGACAGAAUGUUCCUGCUUAUCCCGGUUUAGCCUUGCCCUGCAACUGCUUACCUGAAGUACAAGCUUCAGGAUGGCAGAAACUUUUGAUAACUUGAGGUUGGGAAAAACGUGGUCUCGCCAGCGAGCCUUGGCGGUUCCGACUAAAAUGCUGCAAAAAGGUGUCCAGAAGCCCGCAGGGGCUGCGGGAGGGGAGGUGCUGGGCUCAGCCCUGCCCGGCUGGGGCGGCUCGGGCCGGGCGGUUAACGCGCCCCGGGGCCGCCUCCGCGGGGGCGGAGCGGGAGCCGCCUCCCGGCCCUGCCUGCGCUCCCGGCCCCGCCUGGGAGGGAUGCCCGGCAUGCCCGGCAUGGAGGAGGCGCACCGGGCCGCCCUCCUGGCCGCCUCCUGCCUCCGCACGCCGCUCGACCCCCGCACACGGGCCCCCGCCGCGCUCUACGAGCGGGGAGCGCCGCCCGCAGCCGCGCAGGUACCGCGGGCACGGCCGGGAGGGGCUGGGGGGAACGCGGGGCCGGCGGCUGCAGCCGGAGCUGAUCCGCAGAGGGGUCUCCGCGCUCCCCCGGCCUCCCUGCGGCACCGGGGACACGCACACACACCGGGGACACCUGGCAGAUGGCCCUGCUGCAGAUCCUCUAAUGAGCUUGUGGCACCGCGGCAGAUGGAGGAAUGGCCCGGGAAAGGGACCGGGGUCCUUCCAGCGAUCCAGAAAAGAAACUGGGUUUAUACACGCUGGUGGCAGCGGCAGAUUCAGGGAGGUGCUGGCGCUGGAGGUUCUUUAAAUUCGCUGCUUCGAUCCCGUAAUUCCUACUGCGAUGGCUUUGACUUGGAUUCAAAUACCAGCAGAGAGCAGACCAGCCCUCCAAAGAGAGACUGUGACGAGUGGAUAGACUUUUCCAAAGUGUACAAUUCAAAUCAAGAGUACUACUUGAAGCUGGAAGAGUUGAAGAAUGCCCACAUGGAGACCAUGGCAAAACUGGAAAGUAUGUAUCAGAACAAACUGUAUUUAAAAGGAGUACAAACAUUGGAUAAGAGCAAUGACGCCUCUCCAAAGUGCUGUAGGCCAACUUGGGACAAGAGUUCAUAUCAGCCUCUUAACCUACACAAAUCCUUUUCAGACUCAGACUUGAGUGAUCCCUUGGGCUCAAGCGUAUCCGACGAGUCUGAUAAAGAAUUAGCCUUUGAAGGAAACGGCAGUGAAACUGGAUCAUCCUCAUUUGCUAAGCAGCAGAUUGAAAAAAUGUGGGAUGGGUUCUGUCUGGAAGACUACAUCUCCCGUGCCAAGCACAGCUUGCCCAGCUCACCAACAGGCAGGAAGGUGCGCAAGAAACACAAAGUGUGGUCCCCUAGAGUCACCGUGCCCAAGCCUUUCCAGAUGACCAUCAGAGAAGCUCAGAAGAAAGAGCAGAACAUCAAAUCCAAGUCACAGAUCGAGCUGGAAAAUCACUUACUGAAGAAGCAGCUGGAGGAGGAAGCAGAGUGUCAGAAAAAAUUCCGAGCCAAUCCCGUGCCUGCCGCCGUUUUCCUGCCGCUCUACCACGACAUCGUGCAGCGGAACGAGGAGCGCAGGAGGUCUGUGAAGGAGAGGUGCAAACUCAAGCUCCUGGCUUCCCAAAAGCCGUUCAAAUUCAUUGAGCGAGAGAGGCAAAGGAGUGAAAUGAGGAAAAUGCAGUUAAAAGACAUUUCCCUACCUGAAAAUAAAACCAAAGUGUUCAGAGCGAAGCCAGUCCCAAAAUGUGUUUAUAGUCCGGAUUUCAAUGACAGGCUAAAGGAGGAGGAGCUCUGCAGGGAAAUCAGGAUCAGGAUGAGAGCUGAGGAACUGCUACAGAAUUCAUCUGUACCCAACAGCAGACUGGCCUUAAAAGAGACCAACAAAAAGAAGAAACACAAGAGCACUGAACCAAAGCGACCGGAACACAAACCCAAGGUCAAACCAAGCGUUCCCGAUUUUGAACUCCUACAUGAGAAAUUCCAGAAACGCCUCCUGAAAAAAAAGAAAGUGAAACCCCUCACGGUCUGUGAGCCUUUCGACCUUUGUACUUCAUACAUUCCCUCAAAAAAGGACAAGAUCUUAAAGGACAUUCAAGAGGAUGAAGAAAAAUUGAAGGAGACACGAUGGCCGUUUGCCUCUCCAAGACGGAAACCUCAGAUGGGGCAGUCAGGGGCAAACCCAUUUCUCUUGGGAGGAAAAUCCAAAUCUCCCAAAAACACUGAAUCCACGAGACAACGGCUACAAGCCAUAAGGAAUUCCCUUGAGGAAAAGAGAAAGCUGGAAGAACAACAAAAAAGGAACAGAACCAAGCAGAAACAAAGAACGAAAAAAUUCCAGAAAAUUGUGAUGGCUCGGGCUGAGGCCAAUGACCCACAUCAGAGCCUAGCUCAGAUGUCUAAAACCAGCUUAAAAACACUCAGGAACAACGAGAAGCAGAGAAGGCGGGAAUAUUUGAAAGAAUUGCGAGAAAUGGAAGAAAGAGUGAAACAAAUGCCGCUGCUUUUUGAAAGAGUCACUCAGAAAAAUGCCAGAAUAGCUGCAGAAAAGUAUUAUUCAAACAGACUGAAAGCACUGGGGAUCUGCCCAGAGUUUGUUUCAAAGAAAGGAGGAGCAGCCAAAUCACUGCAAUUCUCCACUCCUAGAGAUUUUACCUCUGUGGCUCUCAGACAAAGCAUCAUCAAGGUUAAAAAGAAAAAAAGGAAAUCCUUUGAGGAAGCAGCUGGUGACAACCCCCAGUCUGAGCAGUCCUGGGAGGAGGAGGAGGAAGAGAAGGGAAGAGGUGUCAAAACCUCCACCCCAGAUGAGCAGGGCAGUGACCUGGAGGAUGGGGACGAGGCCAGAGCCAGCCCUGAUGUCCUGGAGCCUGAAUCCAGCUGGCACAGGGAGGAGGAGGAGGAGGAGGAAGCAAAGUCAGGCCCAUCACUUGGUCAUUCCCAGCAGGAAGAGGAGGAGGAGGAGGAAGAAGACAAGGCAGACCUGUCACUUGGCUACUCCCAGGAGGAAGAGGAGGAGGAGGAGGAGGAAGCUAAAGCAGGCCUGUCUCUUGACCAUUCCCAGGAGGAGGAAGAAGAGGAAGCAAAGGCGGGCCCAUCCCGGGGCCAGUCCCAGGAGGAAGAGGAAGAGGAAGAGGAGGAGGAGGAGGAGGAGGAGGAUGAGUCCAGAGCCAGCUCUGGGUCUGACAGGUCCCAUGAGCACGAUGAAGCAGCUCAGUCAGACCCUGAAGCUGAGGGUGCCUUCCAGUAUGAGGAUGAGGAGUAUGAGAGCGAUGAUUUCGAGGGGAAGCCCAGCGAUGAGGAAGGGGAGUGACAGGAGAGGCUGGAACUCAGGAACCUCUCCCUGCUGCCUGGGAGAACAACUUGGUGCUUUGCUACACAUCCAAAAUUCUGUGAAUUUUUACCUCUUAGCUUAAAAAACCCUGCCAGUGCAGGAAUUCCAUUUGUUUUCCAGUAAGAAAGCUCAGGUUAGUAGUUUUCACCAAGAAAAUAAUUUAGUUUUGUAUUAACCUUCUUUGUUACACUCUUCUGAGACAUCAGUGCAUCUCUGUUCUUAAAAUGAGCUGCAACCUCAUUGUUUAAUAAUAAAUUACACAGUGUGCUGUGUAACUACUUAGGGCUCAGAUUUUAAAAUAAAUUUGAUUUAUAGUAAAAGGUUAACAUUAUUGCUCAUAGAUAAUAUAUUUUUGAGAUAAGUGAAUUUUCUGUUCUUGGGACAGAAAAACCUUUUAAAACCCAAAGCAGCUUCUCAAAGUAAUAUGAAUUACUGAGUGGGAUUUAAAGAAAGAAAGGAAUAAAUUCAGAGUAUGGUUUCAAUUUCCAGAGAAAAUUAAUGGCAAUCAGGUGCUUAAUUCUUAACAUGUCAUCAAAAAAACUAACUUACAGACAAAAUUUUCAUGGAAACUGAGAGAAACUGAGAGAAAAAAGCCUCCACCCACAAACCAGAGCAAAAACCUCAUGAAACACCUGCAAAGAGGUUAAUAAAAUAAUAAAAAAAAUAAAUUAAAAACCAAGACCCAGUAGUCUUGCCCUAAUUAAAUACCUCUGUGUCCACUUUGGCGCAAAGUUGCAUUUGCUGUCUCUGCCUGAAUGUGAGUGCCUGCUUCUUUCAGGGACUGGCCACUAGUGAGGCAAAGCCAGGGGAGGUUUUGGAGCAGGAAUUGCCAUUUUAUCCCUGGAAAAGGGGAAUCUUUUUACCUCAGGUAACUCUAGUUGUAUGAAACUAUGCAAGGAAGUGCUUUAAUACCUCUUCUUACUCACUGGCUACUCAGGACUUCAGCUACUCCACAAAAAAACUCACAAAAAAUGUUGGGGAUUUGGUUUUUUUCUUAUAUCAGUAGUACUUCUCCUACUAUUACUGACUUUCUUGCUAAAAAAUCUGUUAUUAUUUUUUCUUCCUUAUUUUAUCACACAAUUUCUCCGUGUUUGGAAGUUUUUAAAGCAUUUUUACUUUUAUUUAUUUAUGAACAUAACUAAAUGUGAAUUUUAAACUUUUUUUUUUAAACUUGAAUAAAAUGUCUGUGA